AUGUCUGACGUAGAGGGGGAAAACCAAACGACCAUCACAGAGUUCAUCCUCCUGGGAUUUGGUGACCUUCAUGAGCUGAAGAUCCCUAUAUUUGUGGUGUUCCUGGCUGUCUACAUAGUAACACUCACAGGGAAUAUCCUGAUCAUUGUGAUGGUAUCAUAUAACCACAACCUGCACAACCCCAUGUACUUUUUCCUGGGCAACCUGUCUGUCCUGGAAGUCUGCUACACUACCAGCAUCGCCCCCAAGAUGCUGAAAACUCUUCUGGUUGUACAAGAAGAGGUUUCCUUCUCUGCUUGCCUCCUGCAGUUCUACAUCUUUGGCUCUCUGGCGGUUGCGGAGUGCUUCCUGCUUGCUGCCAUGUCCUACGACCGCUACUUGGCCAUAUGCAAACCACUGCAUUACGCCUCCACCAUGAGCUUCCAGCUUUGCUUUCAGUUGGCAGCGGGGUCAUGGGUUAUCGGGUUCCUAUCACUGGUGGUCACCAUGCCCAUGGUUUCUAGGUUACCUUUCUGUGCUUCCAAGGAGAUUGACCAUUUCUUCUGUGACCUGACACCCAUCAUUAAACUUUCCUGUGGGGAUACCUACAUGGUCAGGAUACCGGCUUUCAUCAUAGCCUCCCUUGUGUCCUUCUCGCCCUUCCUUCUAACCCUACUGUCCUACUACAAAAUCAUCUCCACCAUCCUGAAGAUCCCUUCUUCCACAGGGAAGCAAAAAGCCUUCUGCACCUGCUCGUCCCACCUCAUCGUGGUGUCUGUGUUCUAUGGCACGCUUAUGGUGGUCUACGCGGCUCCCGUAGCCAACCAGUGGCCAAACUUAAACAAGGUCUUCUCCAUGCUGUACACAGUGGUGACCCCACUGAUCAACCCCAUCGUAUACAGCCUGAGGAACACAGAGGUUAAAGAGACAUUGAGAAAGCUUUUCAGUAAAAAUUCAUUCUAA